GGAUAUAUAAAAAAUGUCACAACUUUGUGGAAAAAGUUCAAUCUUAUCUGAUGACUGCCUUCCAUUGACCCGUAUUGAGCUGUACAGUGGGAUAAAUAUACUGCCUUGUGUGCACGCUAUUAAAUAAAUACAUCUCUGAAACACCCAAGUACAUUGUCCUUCAUGGUUCAAAAAUGUCCUGUCCUUUUUGUGAACAUUGACAUAAAAUUGUGCGUGUAUGUAUUUUUAUAUAAGCUUUAUUUUGCCACAACAUGCCCAGUGUCUGCCAGCAAAUCGAAAGACAAGCGUGUUUUGCAGUGGAGUGUAUCUGGGUCGGAGUCGAUGGAGUAGAAAGUGGCAUUAGGGCCGUAAUGAGUGGCUUCAGGUGAAGACAAGGGCAGAUCACUGAGACUUGAGUGGGCUCUUAAAAGCCUGAGUGGAAGUAACUGCUUGCAUCAGAUCCAGAGGGAGAUUAUUCCAGAGUUCAGGUCUUGAAGUGCAAAAGUCAACUUCUCUAUUCCUCUGAAAUACAGUUACAGGAACGGAGCUGAAGCUCUGAAACUCCUUUCAGCCGCAGAUCUGAUCUUGAGAGACAAAUCAAAGAUUAAAAACGAUGCAAUUUGAUUUCUUCUAUUUGAUUUUGAAGGUCACUAGCAACAAGCAACUAGCAACUAAAGCUUAUCUCCAGAAACAGAUAACUUGAAUGAGAUUAAAAAAAUAAACAUUAAUUUUGAUAACAAACUUGUCCUCAUCUUAACCCACAACAGGAUAUUUGUGGCAGAUAAACAUGUCCCCACUCCAGUGAGAUAAAUCUUACCAUCCAUUGUAUGAGAGCUUUAAACAGGCUCCCCAUCCUGAAUAGCUGUACUUCCAUGAAUCAGGACUGUGGCACCAGCCUGGAGUUCCAAAAUUAGAUCCAGAUAAAUCCUCCGUUUUCUGCAGAGCCAGACAGAAGGAGCACGUCUGUGCAGCUCCCAUCCACCGGAUCUUUGAAAAUUGAUCAAUCUGAGGGUAUUAGAAAACAUAACUGAUGCCUCAGGGCUUUUUACAAAAACUGUCAAAAAAAAAAAACACAAAGAUUUUUAAAGGAACAGGAACUUUUGUUGGAAAUAAAAUUGCAGUUUAUGUUCAUUACUGAUUUUCAGUUUUUUAUUUUAAUAUAUUUUAAGUUUUUUUUUUUUUAUGUUUAAGCAAAGUUAAAACUUUUUUUAUUAUUAAAGAUGGAAGGUUUUGAAGAUGAAAAGAGAUGUGCAUGAGUACUUAUUUGAUUGAAGAAACUCAAUGUGUCUCCAAUCUGGGAUGGAGGGAAUGCUCAUCUAAAAUGAGAUAAAUGAUCAAACUAAUAAAACAAAUAACUGCAUAAAAGAGUUAAUGUACACUGGGAAAGACCUUCUUGGUUGACGUAAUUUUAGGUAAAAAUGCAGCCAAAUUGAAGAGAAGCAGAGCGGUGGGAGCAUAAUGAGUCUGGACUACAUGAGAAAACACUAUUUAUGGAUAGAGCUAGAAAUGCAGACACUAUUAAAGCAAUCUGACCUCCGUCUAUAGAAUCUGAUAUUUUCGUUACCAAAACAUCAGGUGCUCUAGCUGCUACAGAAAUGUGAAAUAAUCUCUGUGACAUUAUUCUAAAAUAUCUCCACAGCAGGGGUGCGCAGUUCUCCAGAGACGCAAUCCUGCAAGUUUUGGAUGCUCCACUUCUCCAACACACCUGAAUCAAAUCACUGAAUUCCAUCACCGUUUGGUCAUUCAGCUCUGCAGAAUCUGGUAACGGGCCUUUCAUUUGAGUCAGGUGUGUUGGAGAACUGGCCACAGACAUUCCUGCUCUACAAAGUCAUACCUUAACCUAUCAUCUUGUUUAUCGGUUACCGCUCUCUGCUAGUGUGUUGCUAUGACCCAUAUGUCAUUUGAGCGCCAGAUGAUGCCAUUCGACACAUGAACCCAUCUACAACGUUUACAGGAAAUGUCUUGAAAAUGGGACGUGGGCGCUGAAGGGGAACUACUCCAUGUGUAAGGCCAUACUUCAUGAGGAGAAAAAAGGCAAGAUGCACUUCCAGAUCGCUGUCAUCAUAAACUUCCUGGGUCAUUGCAUCUCCAUGGUGGCUCUGCUCAUUGCCUUCUUCCUCUUCUUGUGCUUGAGGAGUAUCCGGUGUCUGAGAAACAUCAUCCACUGGAACCUAAUCACCGCCUUCAUCUUGAGAAACGCCACCUGGUUCAUCGUCCAGCUGACCAUGAGCCCAGAGGUGCACGAAAGUAACGUUCUUUGGUGUCGACUUGUCACUGCCUCAUUCAACUAUUUCCACUCCACCAACUUUUUUUGGAUGUUUGGAGAAGGCUGCUACCUUCACACUGCGAUCGUCCUCACAUACUCCACUGACAAGCUCCGCAAGUGGAUGUUCAUCUGCAUCGGCUGGUGUAUACCUUUCCCUAUAAUUGUGGCAUGGGCCAUCGGGAAGCUGUACUACGACAACGAGAAGUGCUGGUUUGGGAAGCGACCUGGUGUGUACACUGACUACAUCUACCAAGGUCCCAUGAUCCUUGUGCUGGUGAUCAAUUUCAUCUUCCUCUUCAACAUAGUAAGAAUCCUGAUGACCAAGCUGCGAGCCUCUACAACGUCCGAGACGAUCCAGUACAGGAAAGCUGUGAAAGCAACGCUGGUACUCCUUCCCCUCCUGGGAAUCACCUACAUGCUGUUUUUUGUCAACCCAGGGAAGGAUGAAAUUUCUCAGAUGGUCUUCAUAUAUUUCAACUCGUUUUUGGUGUCCUUCCAGGGCUUCUUCGUGUCAGUGUUUUACUGCUUCCUAAACAGUGAGGUCCGCUCAGCAGUACGGAAGCGGUUCCACCGGUGGCAGGAGCAGCACUCAAUCCGGGCCAGGAUGACCCAGGCUAUGUCCAUCCCAACUUCACCUUCACGUGUCAGCUUUCACAGCAUCAAGCAGUCCACAUCAAUAUGAAACGAGAAACCAGCUUUACCCUGCAUACUGGGACAAAACCUCCAGCUGUCAUUGUCAUCAUUUCCCACCACCUCAGCGAAGUACACUAAAAAACCUCUCUGAGCAGGGACAAAGAGACACCGCAUCGGUCUCCUAAACCUCAGGGGGGACAUUAAACAGACUUUCUGGAGAAAAUGGAUGGUGACUGGAGGAAAAGGACACUGCAGACUUUGCAUUAAUAAAGGUUAGUGGAUCAAAAGAUCAGGGAGCUGAUCUGUAUGACCUGAAGUUUCAGUGUGAAUGUACAGCACACCAUUCGAUUUAACAUUGGCUCCUCGUUGUAAAAGAAAAAAGCAUCUGGUUUAUUCCUGCCUGUAAAAUUUAAUUUAGCAAUCAUCAUCCGAUAAACCUUGUGGCGCUUAUUGGGAGUCAGUCCCAGGGGACUCUGCGUCCUAAAGGCAGAGACAAAGUUGUUAAAUAUUCAGAAAUAUGUAGAUAUGUUUGUUUUUAGAGUGAUUCUUUGUUAUUUUUAUGUUUUUUAUGUUGUACUGUCAUCUUUGGUUCUCAGUUCGGUGCAGUUGUGCUUUGUUUAUCAACUUUCCAGUAAGGUUGAAUACAUUCCGUUCUUCUAUCUGCAUAGUUUUGUUCCACAGAAAUCAUUUCAUUUAAUGCUGUUUAGUGAUAAUUUUGUUAUAAAACAGUUUUCUUUAUUUUUACAACAAGCUAUCAACAAGUUUUAAAAACACAGUAUUUUUAAUUUUUUUUUUGAGAGGAAGAGCUUAUGGGAAAAAACAGAAAGAUACAGAAGGAACAGUUUCUCUGGAUACUUCUGAUCACAUUUAUCACAAAGUAAAAAUAAAUCACUAAAUUGGUGAUUAUUAGAAGGUUUCAGGGGAGCUGUGUCUCCAAGGUUGAUGAGGUUGUCCUUUUAUGACAAGUUUGAAUCCUCAUGUGAAAAGACACAGAGCCAAUAAUAGAAGGCAGUAUCACAUUAGUGCACUCCUUUAACUUUGAUAGAUGCUUUUUCUUGAUUAUCUGCCCAAAAUAUUUUGCUAAGUAAUACUAAUCUCUUCCCUGCUUCUGACACAGAUGAGAUUAGUUCAAGAAGUGCUUGCCCUGUUAGUAUGGCCAAGUUUCUAACUGGGGUAUGUUCUUGUUAAUUGAUUUGGUCACAAAACAAAAAGUUGUGCUUUUUGAUUUGGAGUAAUUUUCAUUCAACGAUACACACGUUAUCUUUUUAUUGUUAAUGUAAUUAUUUAAUUCAAGAUCAAAUAAAAAAUAUUUAUCUGACAGGGAGUUGCCACAACUCAAACCAUUACAGCAUUUUCAAAAAGUUGUCUUAGAUGGUCAUUCUGAAAAGGUCUUCAGUAGCAGUCAGUCUUGCAACAUAUUUGAAAAGGCCUCUGACUGAAGAUAGUUGAUGUAUAACAUUCCUAUUAGUCAUGACAUGCUAAUAGCUCAAUGCCAGGCAGCAGUGAUGAUAUUCUACAGCAACAUGUCCAGGACGACACCACCAGUUGUUGCCAAGUUCUGAUUAGCUGAGAAAAAUCUAUCUAUCAUAUUCAAUUUUGAUUGUCAGGAUAAAAAAACAUUUGUAAUAUCUGCACUGACUGACCCUCUUUCAGUUCCCUGUAACAAGCUGACAAACUGUAAGCACCCUUUUCCAAACGUGCCUAUCACAUUUGGGCCUUGUCUACUUUAACAAUACACUACUCGGUUCUGACCAAUAUUUCCCCCCAUCAUGGUUUUUGGCUUAUGACACCUCGUGUGUUUUACUGUUAUUGUGUUUCAGCUUUGGUUAAACAGCCAAGACUCUCAAUGUGCUUCCCAAUUCCAAACAAACGUUUUGGUCCAUACACUCAUUUUUCCAAGCAGUUGAACUUCCAGUUGAAGCCUGGAAGCAGCUAAAAAAAAUUUUUUUUCUUCUAACAUUGUCUAUUAUUUUAUUGUAUAGUUGUUAUGGGCUCUGGGUGAAUCCAUUCCUUUGUGACUUCAUACCCAUCUGCAACCAUUUUGUCAGGUCCUACUUCCAUUUUGUACCCUCCACAAAAUAGUUUGUUCUCAAAGUAGUUUUGUGUUAGAAAUAUGUAGAUAAUCCUAAAAUAUUUAUAGUUGAGUCACAAUAUCAACUAUCAGGAGGUGUAGAAUACUUUACAUUAUUCUACACCUGAGUUUAUUGUGUUUGUGAUCCCUGUUUGAGCUAGCUGGUGAGAAGCUGGGGACUCUAUUACAUUUUUAUUUGGAAUUGGAAUUGGAAUUUAUUUUAGAACUGAUUUUAUUAUGUAUUUUUCAUGAUCUACUCUUGUUUUGCUAAUAGAAAAUGUGUUUGUGUAAGAAGUGCCGUAAUUUUUCAGAAGAGAGUUGGCAAUUCCAUCAGUGAUUAGAACCACAGUCGAUGAAAACAGGAUGAACAAUACAAAGUAUUCAGGCAAUUGUAUUUAAUUUAGGAUUAUUUAUCUUCAUAAGUCAAGAAAUUAAGAGAAAUAAACAGAUGGUUAAUCAAACGGGUAUAAAAUGAUUUAAGGUGACAAAAUGGAAAUAGAGAACAAAAUGGCAGUGUGUUGGUAUGAACUAAGGACAAAUUGACCAGAGCCAAAAGUAUGACCAAAACAAAAUACCAAUGAGGAACCUGAUGGCUACUAAUAUUAGCCUAUCAUAAUUAAGUUUGUAUGCAAGGAAAAUAAGCUAUAAAACUGUCAACCUGAUAAUGAAAUCCUAUUAUCUUGAAAAACGGCUCCUUUUUGGACCCUAAAAGUCUGCUAUGAAAAGAGAAACACUACAAAUAUUAAAAAUGAUAAGGGAGUAAAGUUACCAUCACCAUUUGUCAAAAAAGCUGACCAAUAAUGAUUUGCAACACUGUUAGUUACUUGUGGUAUUGUCAGUUUAAUUUAAGGUCUUUAAAUGCCCAUUUGUCUGAAUUUUUAAGGAAAUUAUCUCCAGCACACCAGAACGUCUGAUUGGUUUUACACUAUGAUUGGCUUAAACGGAUCAAAACAUUUUCACAAACUAUAUUCAUACCUAAAUACCCAACAGACAGGCAAACCACUAGCAGUCAACUAACAAGAUGUUGUACUAGUGCAACUUGUCUGUGAAUCUCUAGACAGAAAAAUAAAGCUGAACAUAAGUCUGUAUAAAAUGAAUAUAACAUUCAAAACUUUGUAAAUAAGAUAUGUAUAGCUUGUGUCACUUUAAACAGGUGUCUUUGUUUAAUUUGUUGUUUAUUUUUUUCAAGAGAAACCAUAAAAAAUGUUGAGGACUGCUUCUACACUCAGGGUUAUAUUUUAACAUUCUAACUAAUUGAAAUCCAUCUUUCAAACAUCACAGAUUACCAUAUCUAUGAAGUAAUUGGCUGCAAGGGUUCAUGCUACUGGAGCUGACCAAUCAGACCAGGAUGGGCUAGAAGGGAUUUAUUUCCAUAGCAACAAUAGGAACAACUGUAUUUGUGUUAGUAAGAUGUUUUAUUGAAACUUUACAGUUGUUUUUCGGCCACCUGAUGAAUGUAGAAAUGUAGUAUUUAGUUAACAAUAAAUAAAUAAUGUAAAUCAACUAUCAAUGUGUAUAUAUAAGACAUUUGAAUAUAAUUUUAAGAUUAGCACAUUGAUAUAUAAUAUGAUUUUUACAGAGAAUCGUAUAUGUUUGGUUUCUUUUAACAAAACACUUCAGGAGUAUUUCUGGUAUUUGGGUUUUACCUCUUGAUUGAAAUACAGUCAUGGUAAAAACCAAGUGCACCCUUUUAGUAAUUUUUAAGUCCUACUUAUAAAAGAAAACAAAAUCUAGUUUUUCCAAGGUUCUGAAAUUAUUUAUUAGGCCGAAAAUAGAUGGAGACAUUAUUUGAUAAACAAAAAGAAUACUUGCUGCUUUCAUAGGACUUAAUUGGGAAAGUAGAAGCAACCCCCACCAUUUUAUAAAUAUUGAAAAAUAUAUUGAUUUUCAAAAAAAUCCAAGAACUCGUUCAAAAUGUUAAGUCCAAGUUAAAAUGUUAAGGAUAGCAGAGCAUGUAGAAAAGACUGAACAAGAACACCUUGAAGGACUGCAGUAGAAGAGCGUCAUCUUUCUGAAACAAUAUAGCAGCACAGAUUAAGUUUGUAAAGUUGCAUCUGAACAAACCACAAGACAUCCAGAACAAUCUCAUUUGGACGGAUGAGACCAAAGUAAAGAUAUUUGACCGAUGGCAAAUGUUUGGGGGUAACCAAAUACCUCAUAUUAUUAUAAACAUCUUACAUCAACUUCCGAGCCCAUUGCUGGUGGGGUGAUGAUUCAGGCUUUCUUUGCAGCCACACUCACUAAGUUAACCAUGAAUUCCUCUUUGCUAAAAUUUGAGAGUCAAAUCAAAUGGAGCAAUCCAGUGAUGACGAAGGUGGUACUUUCAUCCUCAACUAUGUGAGACACUAAUAAAGUCAAAGAAAGCAUCUAUUUUGUUGCUGAAUGUGGCUCUGAUAGCUCUUGAAAUGUAUGGUGUACCUAGUUUUUCAUCACAACUUCACAAUUUUGGCUUAUUUGUUAAUAAAUGACAAAGGUGGAAUCAAAAAGGGUGUUUUUGUGCACUUGCGCAUAGAUUUGGACUCCGACAUUUCAUUGUGUCCUGAUACGUAAAAACCUAGUACUGAGUUGGGGUGUACUUUCUUUUCAUCAAGACUGUAGGUUUUUCUUGCUGCUAAAAUAAUUUUGUUUCCACUAUCCACACUUUAGCUGUGUCCAACUCUUGUUUUCUAAAGAAAGCAGAAACAAUGAACCAAAACAGUCAAGAAAAACCAAAUAAUACGAGCUGGAAGUUGCCAAAUUCAACUAAAACAUCGAGUUAUGGUAUUUGGGUAUUAAUUAAAAACAUUGAGACUAACUUGACAGGUGAUAGAUGGUUUGUGUUUUGGAACAAAACUCUUCAGCCCAACAAAGAGACAUAAAAUUGUUAAUUUUUGUGACGUUUGGUCCACUUGAAGCAUGAGACAUGUGAAGUGUCACACACUGUGUUUACUGAAUAACUGUAAAUAUAUAAACAGCAGAGCUGGUUGCUAAAAUCCAGGGGGGAGCCAUCACAAAUGUAAACCAAAAAACACAAACCACACACUGUAAGUCAUGGAGGCACAUCAACAGCUCACAGUUCACAUUCCGAUGAUACCAGUAUGCCUAGCACCUGUGCAUUCUUAAGAACUGCUGUUUUACUGUCAAAAUGUAAACAAAACUCAUGUUUUUUUGUCAUCUUGCAGUUUUUAUUUGAAUCUCUUGCAAGUGAUUUGUGAACUAUGGCUUUCAAAAGUCCAAUUAUGUAUAACUUUCUGAUGCCAUCAUGAUGACUGUUUUUCCAAAAAAUCAUCAUCUAUUGUAGCUAAGCAGCCAUUUCGUGUCAUCUUUGGGGGAAAAAAUAGAUUCACUCAAGAUUGCAAUGGGGGAAACAAUUGUUUGUUUGAUCUGCUGGUUUUAUAAUUUGGCUCACUGCCAAACAAAUACAGUUCUUCGUUGUUAUGUUGGUUUGCUUGUAAUUUGGAAAGAGAGAAUAUCCAUCCAGACAUUGUGUAGGUUGAAAACACAUCUGACUUAGUAGGUCAGGUACCUUUGCUGCCAACCUUAGCUGUAAGACAUUUUAAUUGAUUUUGUCAAAGGCUUUUACCUAGAAUAUAUUCCCAUUUUAGUCAUUUGUUGUUUUGUUUUUUUAUCAUCUAAAUGUCCUGUGACUUUAACUGACAAAAGUAUGAAAUCAUGGAGAAAUGCCUCUAUAGUACAAUACUGAAAUUAUAUCUUUUUUUUCCUAAAAUAUUUUAGUCCUGUUUUUAUUAAUUGAUGAAAAUAUCAGUCAUGUUUGUUGUAGGAAAAAAGGCAGUUGACAAAAUAUUUGUGUUGUAGUCUUAGUUAGCAAAAGUAACUUUGCAGUGCAUUGGAAAUAUCCUGUAUUAUUACCAAAAAGCACCCUAAAGCAUAAUUUUUACAGCUUAAAUUAAAGUCUUAUCUGGCAACAGAACUUGCACAUAAGCUCUUGUUGAGUCGUUGAGAUGUUCAAUGGCAAACUCUGGACCUGAGUAUGUGUUUUCUAUAGCAGAAGGCUAGAAGGUUGCAUUAUAAUCCUUAUAUUCUUGGUGGCUCUGCUCCCAGCGUCUUACAGGUCAUCAUCAAGCUCCUUCUCUGUUGCUCAUCUAUUACGUUCCUCACAUUCAUCCUCUCACCUGACAAGUUCUUGCAUUGAGUUCCAGACCAAAAGUGACUGACGGCCAUUUUAUGUCUCUCAUAUUUUUGGAUGAUUCCAUUUUCUUUCUGGAAUAUUUCUUCUUUUCUAUUGCCACAUUACAAUAAAGAGAAUUACAAAAUUUGAGUCUGGAAACCUAUUAUAAAACAAUUGUUUCUUCCAUUGUGUGCAUUAUUGAUGUAUAUGGGAAAUAGGCUGGUAAAAGACAUAAAAAGUUUAUUUUCUUUAAAGUUCAGAAGUUUGAAAUGACCAGGAUUAAGCAACAUGACUUGUGUUAUUUAUUGUUAUUUAUUUGAAAUUGUGUUAUUUUCAUGCUUCGAAAAAAAUGUCAAGAAAUAAUAAACUCUGUUGGAUUCAACUG